CUCUCUUUCUCUCUUUUUCACAACUUCGCCAUUCAUCAUCAUCGUCACUGUCGUCGUCGUCGUUGGUCGUCAUCAAGUCGUUUCAUUGUCGUCGUCGUCAUCGUCGUCAUAGUCGUUACUACGCUGUCACCAACAACGUGGCAACAACAGCAACAACAAAAGCAACUAUAAAACCGGAAUGAAGAAGAUUCUGGUGAUCGUGAUCAAGAUGAUCAAAAUGAUCUCCAAGAUCAUCAUGCUCAGCCGGUAUCACAACUUCCGGUGCUACAAGCAGCUGCGGCUGUACAAGUGGAUUAUCGUGUUAAUGCUGGUGGCGAACUCGGUGAUGGUGUGUCUGGCCGGAUACAACGAGAAGAAAUUGCUGCAUGACCUGCUGGAUCCCUACAACACCCUGGAGCGGCCGGUGGUCAACGAAUCCGAUCCGCUGCAGCUCAGUUUCGGACUGACGUUGAUGCAAAUUAUUGACGUGGACGAAAAAAAUCAACUGCUCGUUACUAACAUAUGGUUGAAGCUAGAAUGGAAUGAUAUGAAUUUAAGGUGGAACACAUCGGACUAUGGUGGUGUCAAAGAUCUACGAAUACCACCGCAUCGAAUUUGGAAACCAGAUGUUUUGAUGUACAACAGUGCUGAUGAAGGCUUUGAUGGCACAUAUCCAACAAAUGUAGUCGUGCGUAAUAAUGGUUCUUGUUUAUAUGUGCCACCAGGAAUCUUCAAAUCAACAUGUAAAAUAGAUAUAACGUGGUUUCCAUUUGAUGAUCAAAGAUGUGAAAUGAAGUUUGGUAGUUGGACAUAUGAUGGUUUCCAGCUAGAUUUACAGCUGCAAGAUGAAACGGGUGGGGAUAUCAGUAGUUUCGUGACGAAUGGGGAGUGGGACCUGCUGGGUGUCCCUGGGAAGCGUAACGAAAUCUACUACAACUGCUGUCCGGAGCCUUACAUAGAUAUCACAUUUGCCAUCAUCAUUCGGCGGCGGACGUUGUACUAUUUUUUUAAUUUGAUCGUCCCGUGCGUGCUGAUAGCGUCGAUGGCACUGCUCGGAUUCACACUACCGCCGGAUUCCGGAGAAAAGUUAUCAUUAGGUGUAACAAUUUUAUUAUCAUUGACUGUAUUUUUAAACAUGGUUGCUGAAACAAUGCCAGCCACGUCGGAUGCUGUUCCACUUUUAGGCACAUAUUUUAACUGCAUCAUGUUUAUGGUUGCAUCAUCCGUUGUUUCAACAAUUUUAAUUUUAAAUUAUCAUCAUAGAAAUGCGGACACACACGAAAUGUCUGAUUGGGUUAGAAUCAUAUUUUUAUAUUGGCUGCCAUGUAUUUUAAGAAUGAGCCGACCGGGUAGAGCAUUAUCGGAGGAAUAUCCGACAACGCCAACGUCGGAUAGUUCCGAACGGAAAACGCACAUACAGGACGUCGAACUGAAAGAGCGAUCAUCGAAGUCGUUACUAGCGAACGUAUUAGAUAUAGACGAUGACUUUCGUCACAACUGUAGACCACUAACCCCCGGAGGUACACUGCCACAUAAUCCAACAUAUUUCAGGACUGUUUAUAGUAGCGAUGAUGGGAGUAUGGGACCGAUCGGAAGCAAUCGAAUGCCAGAUGCAAUUGCGCCACCACACACGUGUUUCACAUCAUCCGCUGAUUACGAACUAGCUUUAAUAUUAAAAGAGAUACGUUUUAUCACCGAUCAGAUACGAAAAGAGGACGAGGACAGCGACGUCGCCAAGGAAUGGAAAUUCGCAGCAAUGGUAGUUGAUAGAUUGUGCCUUAUAAUUUUCACGUUUUUCACAAUAGUGGCAACCGUAGCUGUUCUAUUUUCGGCACCACACAUCAUCGUUUCGUAGCCACAUGGAAAAGGUUAUUGUUAUUGGUUUUAUCAUAAAAUCAAUUUGUUAUUCAUUAAAUUAUUGUCGAGACUUUUUAAAUAAAUUUCAAACCAACAAGUGAACAACAUUAAGCAAAACAAAAGGGGUAGUGUGUAAUCAGAGAAAAUUGGAGGAAACGCAAAAAAAAAUGGAGAAAAGAUUAUUAAGGAAACAUUGAAGCAAACAAAAGCGGAACAGCGAAAUGGUGCUGCGUUAGAACGAAAAUACAGAAAAAAAAAAUAAAAAAAAAUAAGAAAAAAAACGCUAGAAAAGUGAAGAAAAUCGGUAAAACAAAACAAACAAGCACAACAACCGAAAGUAAAAAAAAAAAUCGAAACAAGGAAAAGGCAAAGUUUUUUGACAAUUAUUGCGUCUAGCAUUCCAUUUAUUCGAUCGAGUCAUUUCCACCGAAAAUCUCCCAUCCAUAGGGAGUUAGAAAAUCAGAAUACACUUCAGAUCAAUCUUUCGUUUAUGGAGUUUAAAAAAUCGCGAAAAACCAAUAUAGCUGCUGAUAAGUUCCCAUCGCUAGUGAGUAUUAAUUUAAGCGCAAACGGAAAAUCGUCGAGUUUGUUUGGGGCGGUUAUAUAUUUUUUUCGGGACGUAGAAAUUUUGCUAGCAGUCUAGAGUCAGGAUCGUCAAAAGCAAUAAGACGCAAGCAGUAUGCAGCCCAACUCUAUACUAACAGAGACACAGGAAACGAACCAUCGGAGACGUCAGAGGAUGCAGCUGGAUGCGGAUUGCAGUUUGCGUUGUAUGUCUUGGAUUAUUUGAGGUUUGCUAAGUGGAAACUGUUUCACGAGGUUCAAAAAGCUUAACAAAAUUCUGAAAAUUUUAAUUAACUCAGAUGUCUUUUCCAAAAACGUGUCACCGAGAAUUAGAAUGGUCACAAUUUGUUUCAUGGAUUAUCUUGUUGGAUGUGUUGCACCAGAAAUUUCGGGAGCAGUUACUUUGAAGAACAACACAACAACAACUCUGAUCUGAUGUUCUUUACAUUGUUUUAAUGGAAUUAUGAGAGCAAUCCAGGAUGAACAGGAGUACUCUAAAAAAUCUGAGAAUAUUCCCAAGAAUUACAAAAAUUUCCUCUUGAAAUACCCUGACAGUUGUGACUGAUUGAAAAUCAGUGGGCUGUAUUAGAAUUUAUGCCAAGACAACUUCAAGUAUUAGUACAAGACACAGAAACAGUCUGUACAUUGUAGACGAAAUACGCGUAUCUGUCAAGGAUGAGCAAAUAAGGUAGUGGAAUUAAAUGGAAACUACUAAUACUUCUCUCUCACUCAAUACAAGACAACUUAUUAAAAAGAUUGGUAACUCGUCCAUAGUUCUAGGGACAUAUACUCGAUCAAUGAGAGUAACUCAGAGAGGGAGAGAAUCACUUCUACUCAGUUGUAUGAGAAAUUUACAUCAUGAUUUAUUCUGAAUGGACGGGUAAGUAACCACACUUAGACAUAUACAAAUUAGCAAAUACGAUAAACUCUUUUUUGUGCUUGAUGUCUUCGCUAUCAAAUUCGUUCGGAGUUUUGACCACUGAGCAGCAGAUGUCGCAAUUGUGCCCGUCUAAUAGUGUUUGCAUAUGAAAGCCAAAAACAUUCCAACACAUCUAACGCACUGUACAUUAGAGCAAGGCAUAGCCCUUAAAAGAACAUCACAUGAAAAAAAACACAGAGUCUAUCGUCAACGCCGACCACAGACGAUACC